AUGGUAUCUCCUUUAAGGACGUUUGACCUCAAGAUGGCGUCCAAAUAACAUAGUCGAAAGCUUACGUGUUCAGUUUUCACUUUUAAUUCUUCUGUUCCGUGCAAUACUUCGUAGUUCAACAAUGGAGGAGAUAAAAGUGGUAUCUACAGUCUGCCUGGUCUUCACACUGUGCAUGUUUUCUGCAGGAAUCCCAGACUGCUUGAAGAUGUGGAGGACCAGAAGCACCCAGAACAUUCCAUUUCUCCCCUUUCUGGUAACCUGCAUCAAUAAUCUGAUAUGGCUUUACUAUGGUCUGUGGCAACAAGACUCUACCCUGAUCAUAGUCAAUGCUGUCGGUGCAGUCCUACAGUCCAUCUGUAUGUUCACAUACAUGGUCGCCUCCAAACAGAAGAGCAGGCCCAUGAGUCAGAUAUUAGUAGGUGUGGUUGUCCUGACCACCCUGUAUCUGUACCUCACUAUAGUCAUCACCAGUCCCACUGUCCUGGUGGACCGGCUGGGGUUGGCAGGAGCUGGUAUCACCAUGCUCAUGUACACUUCUCCAAUGAUGGAACUGGUCACUGUGGUCAGGACGAAGUCCACCAGGUCCAUCUCCAGACCUCUGACAGUUGCCACUUUCUUUGCUUCAAGUCUGUGGUUUUACUAUGGCUACCUCCUGCAAGAUCUUUACGUCCAAGUUCCCAAUUUACCUGGGAUCAUCUCCAGCAUUGUCAGGCUGUACUUGUUCUGGAGGUACCCAGGGGAGAAACUAGCUUGAACUUUUGUUGCAUGAAAAUGCCAGACAUUGUGGAAUUGCCACAGUGCAUUAUAUGUGCAUUAUACUUGGCAUGGUAUAGGAAGGACAAGACCUGGGUUUUUUUAUCAUAUCAGGUAUAGAAUUAUUGUGAUGACUAUUUCUUGGUGUUUUUUUUUAAUUUUUUAAGUUAUAUAUUGCAGAACUCUAUUCUCAUCUCACUGAGCAUUAUUUUACUAGGUCAUCUCCAAAGGAAGUAAAUCACCAAAGGAGGUGGGACCUAAGUGAAGGAGGUGACUCAGAGGUGUUGUCAUCUCUGAUUGUAUUGUUAAAAAAUUACGAGAUUAGGCUGGGAAAGUUUUUAUCAAUGUACGGUUAAGGACAAUCUUACUCACACAAUUUUAGCCAUGGGACAGUGUAACUCUGUGGGUUUGCUUUGGUUUAUAACGGGCUAUUGCACUGGGGGCCUAAGCUAAAGCCCUGUGUUACUCUGACUCCCAGGGUGCCCCCAUUUCUGUAAUGUACCUGGCAUAAAGAGCAGUCUUCUCUGGGCAGACAGUAUAUUGCGAUUACAAGUUAAGUACAUGUAUAUACAAACUACUUGCUAGACACCGUAACUCAAACAUUUCUGUUAAUAUUAGUCCAUUCCUUUUAAUUGUUUGUUUGACAACAAUUAAUUGUUUGUUAUGAAUGAAUACAAUGAAAUUUGAUAAAUGAGAA